AUGGAAAUUUUAGCCAAUUCAUCCCCAACUCAUAGAUUAAUUGCCGGAGUGGAUGAAGCCGGUCGUGGAGCACUAGCUGCUUACGGAAUUAUUAGAAAAAACGCUUUGGAAUAUAGUGUAAUAAUUAAAAGCCCCCGAGAAGUAGAAAACAAAAAUCCUUUACAAGCCACCAAAGAAGCCAUGGUUGAAGCCAUUUUAAAAUUAAAAAAUAGACCUGAAUUGUGUUUAGUGGAUGGGAAAGAAAAAAUAGUAAUUUUCGAUAUUCCAACCCAAAGCAUUAUUGGCGGUGAUCGUAAAUCAAUUAAUAUUGCCGCAGCUUCCAUUAUUGCCAAAGUUACUCGUGAUGCGAUUAUGAAAAAUUUACACAAAAAAUAUCCUCAAUAUGAUUGA